AUGCAGAGUCGACUUGACGCGCUCCAGACGCAGCGUCACGAGCUGCUAGCGGCGUUUACAGCCGCAAGCGACCGCGAUACGAAGCAGAACAUUGUGCAGCAGCUGCUUCAUCUUUCGGAGGAGCUGGAGCUCGUUUCUGCGGCUCUUGUGCCGUCUCUAGGGACCGCUACGCUGUCUGUGGACUUUUACGCGAGCUAUUUGGUGCUUGUCUUGCUCUCGAAAGACCUGAAUGAUGCGCGAUUUCUGUGGAAACGCAUAAGAAUCGAGAUGAAAGAGGCAUCUGAAGAGCUCCGGAACGUCUGGGCGAUUGGCAGGGCACUGUGGCAGCGAGACUUGGCGGCAGCGUUUGCUGCGAUGGAUUAUGACUGGUCGCCGUUGCUGCAAGGACUGGUGGAGGCGCUCAAGAUUUCGACGCGUGAGGCCACUGCAGAGCUGCUGAGUCGUGCGUACUCGACUAUUCCUGUGAGCGACGUGGCACUGGCUAUGGGAUUUGCUCGACACGAAGACGCCGUGCAGUAUUGUUUGUCGAUGGAUUGGACUGUGUCUGAAGCAGACCAAUGGGUCUUGCCGAAACCGCUGGCGAAUACGCGACGUGGCCCUUCGACUGGCGUCGACAUGGCUCAACUCGACACGUUGUCAAAGACGGUGUUGCAUCUGGAACAAAACACAGUGGCCAUGUUGCAGUGA